GAGCUCAUUCCCACAUUCGUGGUCUUGGCUUAGAUGAUGCAUUAGAAGCAAGACAGGUACAAAUGUAAUUUAAACAUCAAUCUUUAUACUAUUAAGUCUCCAAUUUUUGCUUAAGGUUCGUAGACAGCUAAGCUGGACACACUCUUUUCUCUGCUUGGUUAAAAUUACAAUAUAUUAUUGUGCUAAUUCUCCCUAAUUAACCAACCAACUUCUUUUAACUAACAUAUAAGGAAAUUUGCAGCAUCUGGUUGAGAGAAUUGCACAUCAGAUUUUUUGGAGUUGAAGGAUCCAAAGCUACACUUGAAAUUUCUGAUAGAAACUUGAAACAAGUAAGAAAGGCUUACAACCCAUUAACACAGAUUGUGCAAUAAGAGACAAAAGGGGAAAUUAUUUUUCCCAUGUUAUCAUUGUAUGUGUGUACUUGUAAAUCCUGAGCAAUCUUGUUCCUUGAUUCAUAGGUUUCACAAGGAAUGGUUGGUCAAGUUGCUGCCAGAAGAGCCGCUGGUGUUAUUUUGGAAAUGAUCAAGGUAAUUGGCUGUGGUAAAGACACUAUUUUUGAACAUUUGCUAUUACAGUCAAAUUAUUACUUUUACCUCUACAAGAGGUACAGAUAUAAGACAUUCUUAAUUUCACUCUUUGUCUUUCAGUCCUGGGCUACUUUCACAUGAUUUCUCUAGGUUUUUAAAAAGAGUUAAAUGACAUCAAAGUCAUCAAGUAUUGCUGUGUUGAAGUCUUAUUUGUGUCUUAGUGAUUCUAAAUGAAUUUUAAAAACAGUGCAGAAGAAAAUUAAAAAUCUCUAGUUCAUUAUUUCCAAUCUGAAUGAAUGUGGGAGUAGGGAACAGAAAUCUUGUAUCAGUGGAAGAGAGGGGAAUCUGAAAGAUAGACCCAUAUUUACAAGUUACUAGGUCACUGUGCCUUUUCUAUUCACAUAAUUUCAAACCAGGAUAUUGACUUAAGCAAAUUAACUUCUAAUCCUUAUUUUAGGAGGGGAAGAUUGCAGGAAGAGCUGUUCUGAUUGCUGGACAGCCUGGCACUGGAAAAACAGCUAUUGCUAUGGGUAAUGUGCAUAGUGAAUUUUGAUUUUUUUUUUUAUAUCAAAUGGUGUAGUUCCAAUCGCAAGGCAAUGAUCUAAAAAAACAGUGUCAUCUGUUUACACUCAAAGUGAUUAACAAAUGUGUAAAUGUGAAUCAUGUGUUGCAUACAAAGGUCUGCAGCAUCUUUUAUUACUACAUGCUGAUGUUAAGUUAACUUUGUAGUUUAGAUGUCACUGAAAUGUGUCAGACAUUUUUUGAGAGGGUUUGUUUUUCUCAUAAGGUAACUUACUUUAAAUUCUUAGUGUUCGUGACUUAUGAAUCUUUAUAAUUAGUCAUUUUUCUUCAUAGGAAUGGCACAGUCUCUUGGCCCUGACACUCCCUUUACAUCUAUAGCUGGAAGUGAAAUCUAUUCAUUGGAAAUGGGAAAGACAGAGGCCCUCACACAGGCUUUCAGAAGGUCUAUUGGAGUAAGAAUAAAGUGAGUUAAUUGAAACCUUCCUUGAAAUUUUCCCAGUAGAUCAUAUCUCUGCUGGUUUUUUUCCUCAUUUAUUUAUUAAUAUUUCUUUUAGGGAAGUAUUCUGGUAUCCCUGGUCAGGUUUUUUUGUUAAAGUUCCUUCUUGAGAUUUGAGAUAUGAGUACAAGAAUUAUUUGUUACACCAUGUUUUAAGCUUUCACAAUAGUUGCUUUACUGACUGAAAUUUGCAUUUAAUGAUUUGUCUCAUGUCAGAGAGGAAACUGAAAUCAUAGAAGGUGAAGUUGUAGAAAUACAAAUUGACAGGCCUGCUAGUGGAACAGUAAGUUGAUGAAUUUUUUCUUCAACUUUUAGUUGUUAUUUUUUCUAAGUAUCAAUUAUUUUAUGGAUUGAUACUACCCAAUUUUUUUAAUGAUUUUAAAAUAGUAGUUAAAAGCAGCUUUGUUUGAUGUGUUGGAGUUUUUUAAUUAAACCCAUAACCAUGGUAAAAUUAUUAUGAAACCCCCUUAAUUGUAACUUUACCUGCAAGUUUGUAGACCCUCUUUUUAUUUCAUUUGAAAUCAGCCCAAAAUGAUUAAUUUUCAUAUUUAUUAGUGUAUGAUUUUAUUUAUUGUUAUCCUUCUAGGGAGCAAAAGUUGGCAAACUGACAUUAAAAACAACAGAGAUGGAAACUGUUUAUGAUCUUGGAACAAAGAUGAUAGAAUCCCUGACAAAAGAAAAAGUGCAGGCAGGGUAAGAAUUUUAAUAAUUAUACAUAUUUGUACUUGCAGUCAACUGUUGUCAAUAUUGAACAUACAUUCUGAAUGUAAUUUGGUCACAAAUUCCCAUCAGAGCUCUAAAGCACAUGCUCUACAUGAUCUUAACUCAAUUAUUUGUGUUUUAGGGACAUCAUAACAAUUGACAAAGCAACAGGAAAAGUCUCCAAACUUGGACGCUCAUUUAACAGAGCUAGAGAUUAUGAUGCCAUGGGGCCACAGGUAUGUGAUUUUAUUCUUUGUUCUUCAUUGUUCCUGGGAAAAUUAUGUACAUGUACCUCGCACAGAGCUUCUAUCCAUCAAGGAGAGUAAAACUUUUUAAAUAGUUUCCACCCAGCUGCUUGGGAAAAGUGAUGGAACACUCUGGGUAACCUGUGCUGGACUCUUUACUAAUGUCUAGUCCAGGAGGAGUAGCAUACAUCCUAAUCACCUUAUCAUGAGCUGUGGUAGUUCCAGAGGUCAGUCUUAUUUACAGACUCUUCUGUUAAGAUAAACCUCCCAGGAGCAAUAACAGCAUCUAAAAUCUCACGCAAUAACUGAGCAACUCAUGAACAAGUACACACAGUAAAGUUAGACAAUUUUUUUUUAUCUUAGACCAAGUUUGUCCAGUGUCCUGAAGGAGAGAUACAGAAAAGAAAAGAGGUUGUUCAUACAGUCACUCUCCAUGAAAUUGAUGUCAUCAACAGCAGAACACAGGGAUUCCUGGCACUCUUCUCAGGUACAUCUGGAUGAAUGGCAUGCUGAUCAUACCUACAAACAGUCUGUGAUAAAAAAAAUUUGAUGUUUUUUAAUCAUCAGCAUGCAGUGCAGAAUGCAACUCAAAAUUAGUCCAGUGGUGAAUAACUUUCCUCGGGUGAUGUCUAUUAGUGUGCUUGCGACACAUGUGGUCACACCUGCAACUCUGUCUACCAGUGUUUAUGAAUUACCAAAAACUUAUUAAAGCACUUAUUUUACAAUGUUAAGGUGACACUGGUGAAAUCAAGGGAGAAGUGCGGGAACAAAUCAAUGCUAAAGUUGCAGAAUGGAGGGAAGAGGGAAAAGCUGAUAUUGUACCAGGGGUGAGAUAAUUAACUUUAUUUUUCUAUUGGUUUGUUCGUUUGGUUAUUGAUAUGUUAUGAUAGGGAUUCAUAUCUCAUCACCUCAAAUGAGAUAUAGUAAUUGUUCUUUAUGUACUCAUUUCCAUUGGAUAUACCACUUUUCUAGGCAUAAAGCUUGUUAACACAAAUAAAUUUAUGGUUCUUUUUCCCUAGGUACUGUUUAUUGAUGAAGUUCACAUGCUUGAUAUUGAGUGUUUCUCUUUUCUAAACCGAGCUUUGGAAAACGACAUGGCACCAGUUCUUAUAAUGGCUACAAACAGAGGAAUCACAAAGUAAGAAAAGUUUAUGUAGUACUUACAUCAAGAGUGCUUCAAGCAAAUCUAACAGCCAUACCAUAGUAAACACUGAAGUGUUUAAGAAAGGGAAUUUUUUCAUGGAAAGAUACGUUUGAACUAGUGCAACGUGCUCCUCAGGCUCCGGUGUGUAGGAAGAAGAGGAAACCCUGGGAACAAGUUUGAACUAGAAAGUGUCUGCAUGGUAAAACUGUCAUACAGUAAUACUGUAUGUAACCACCUGAAUUACCAUUUCAUCUUCAGCUCACAAUAACUUUAAUCAAAUAUAAUGAAAGUGACAUUCAAUUUAAAUGUGCUUCUUGAAAGUGAUGUGCGACGACGUUCUUUUUUCUUGCAGAAUCCGUGGUACCAAUUACAAGAGUCCUCAUGGAAUACCUCUGGACCUGCUAGACCGAUUGUUGAUUAUCUCAACAUCACCUUACCAAGAGAAAGAUCUAAGACAAAUUCUUACUAUAAGGUACAGUGGGCAAGAAACGUUAACUCUUUUCUUACCUACGUUCAAAAUUAUUAGUUUCGGUAUCAUCAAGUCUUUGUUUGUAGGAUAAAUAGUGAUUCUGUUUAAUCAGAAUGUGUGACUGAAUAUGGUAAAUCUCAAACCCCACACUUGUGGAUCAUGACGUCACGUAAGGAUCGACUUGUUCCGAAGGCGGCUCCAUUUGUGCAAUUUUCGGCAAAGAUUGAAAGCGGAAAUUAGUCAAUUAGAACUUAUAUUACCGAUAAUAUUGGCCAUCAAGUGGGACGCAAAAAUGUUUACUUGUAGUGUUGAUUCAAUUUGUUGUGUUACAGAUGUGAGGAGGAAGACGUUGAGAUGUCCGAAGAUGCUAUAUUUUUGCUUACAAAAAUUGCUCAAGAGACUUCACUUAGAUACUCUAUUCAGCUAAUCACUGCUUCCAGUCUAGUUUGCCGGAAACGAAAGGUACAGUGUGAUGUGGAGUUAUGUGCCAAUACCAUCGCGGGUCACCUUUAAUAAGAGUUGUAAAGAUAUUCAUUAUACAUUUAGUUUAUGUCACAAGAUACAGAAGAUUGCUCUGGAACGAAACAUCGUUAAAUACAAGAGCCUAAGCUAACCUUUUCCCAGAGCAAUGUUGGUAUUAAGAUUGACAUACGUAUACUUACCGUCGUUUUCAAUUUUCUCCAAGGGAACGGAAGUGAAUGUGGAUGAUAUUAAACGGGUAUAUUCGCUGUUUCUGGACGAGGCUCGCUCGACCCAGUUUCUUAAAGAAUACCAAACAGAAUUCAUGUUCCAUGAAGACGAGUCUACCGAGCCCGUAUCUGAAGCUAUGGAGACAGAGGCAGAAACUGCUUGAUGAAAAUUUCGUAUUCUAGUUUACACUGCGUGUUACAUUUGUUUCUAGAUCCAAGGAGGAGUUCUGUGUGUUGCCAUGAGCAUCAAAAUAGACUCUUAUCGCGAACUAACAACCAAUUACAACCUGCAAAUUGCAGUAUUGAAUAGACUCACUGUAGCUAAAUUGCGCCUUGCGACAGGUUUGUUUUAUUCAAAAACGCAAUAACUAGUUGAAUUGUAAGUACCUGCUAUUUCGCUAUCACUGCUCUAAGCACUUCGAUUUGGCCCAUUUUAGCAUUGGAAUCGCACCAUUCAAUAGUUAUUACGAGCUAUGAAAUCUGUUUAUUUGAUAUGGGAUGUGGUUUGUAGUGAGUGUUAUCGUAGACUGUUUAUAAUAAAAAAAAAAACUAGCAUUUUACAUAUUUAUGGCUAGCGUCGCACAACCCACCUCAUUCAAUAUAGAGUAUUGGCGUCAUUCAGACUGCGUGAGGCAGGCCGAAUUGAAGCCUAUUGUAGCCAGAAGACCACAGUGUACUGGGCCAAUACUAACAACCAUCGUAUUGGAAUUGUUUGCGUUUCGACCACGGUGGCUGAAAGUCUCUCCACAGAGAAGUGAUAUAUUUGGUGAGUACCACGUAUCGCAAGUCCUUGGCCAAAGCCUCUUUCAUUUUUGUCCUUCAGGACCUGCUGAACGAGUGUUCUACUGAUCCGUACUUCUAACCAAAAUGAUGGCGGGUCUGGCAACGAGAUUGACAUGUUUUCCGAAGAACGCAAGAAUGCCAACCUUAAAUGAAACAGAUCGGAUAACUUGUAAUUAGGUUUUUUGACAAAGUAUCUGGCCAACAACCC